AUGGGUUGCCUUUUCGCAAAAUUAGGCUUUUUACGACCAAGACGUCAUGCAGAAUUACAGGAAGAGACUCCUCCAAAGUAUUCAUGGGAACGGCGUGAAAAGGUGAAUGUACAGGAUUACACGCUUGAUGGGCACAAGGACGCAACGCUUGGUAGAACUCCAGGACAGGUCAACGGAAAUAUGUUCAUAAUACAGAAUUGUGAAAAUUGUAAUAUCUACAUAUAUGACAAUUCAUCAACAGUAACAAUAGAUGAUUGUGUAAAUUGUAAUAUUUUCAUGGGACCCAUCUCAGAAAGUGUAUUUAUAAGAGAUUGUAAGAACUUGAAGAUAGCACUUGCUUGUCAGCAAUUCCGUACACGCGACUGUAGUAAGAUAGAGGCAUUCCUGUUCUGUACAACACAACCUGUCAUUGAAGACUCCUCGGGCAUGAAGUUUGCUUGUUUUACAUACUCCUACCCAGAAUUAGAGGGACAAUUUAAAUCAGCAGGGAUGAGUCAGUUCAACAACAACUGGAGUAAAAUCCACGAUUUUUCUAGUGAUCCAAGUGAGACUCACUUCAGUUUUAUUCCAGAGGGUACUAAAGUUGAAGAUUUAGUGCCCAUUUCUCUUGCCGAGCAGUUUUCCACCAUGGAAAUAGACCUCUCUUUAGAAAAGAGUGUUAUUCCCAUUACUCUUGGUUUGCGCCGCAAAGGUUCAGAUGAGUCCUGUUUAUUGGUAUUCUUCAAUGAUGGCAGUGCCGUAGAUAGAACGAUGAAAUACAUACGUACCAUGAGGCAAAGACAGCCCACCUGUGUGUUAGUACAGACCAAAGAGUUGGCUAUGCAGCCACAAGAUGCACAGCGUGUGUUUGGCACAGAUGCCUACCAGUCCCUCGUACAACAGGGUCAUGUGAUUGGUCUGGAGUACAAUGGUGAUGACUGUAUAAACCUAUGUCAGAUAGAACUUGUAGAGUUUAUGAAGGGUACCACAGGACUGGUUUUUAUCAGCCAGUCCAAGGCACUGGCGGACAAACAAAUUGAAGAUUUCUACAACUUUGCAGAAAUGCAACUGACAAUGUGAUGAACUUUAAAGCAUUCUGCAUAGAAAUUGAUGAAUGUUUCAACUGGAAUUGUACGGAGAAGAUUGUAUAAGGAUAUUGAAUGCUUUAUGCUAUUUAGAUUUUUCAUAUU